GUAGUAUUACACGGUUUUCCGACACGCGCUUCCUUCCGUCCCUCUGCAUCGUCUAGGGUUUGGUCCUGCCCUUCUCGUCUCACAGGAUAUUAAGAGUUACAGAUCGUUCUAAUUAUACAGUCAUAGAUAUGUCGAGCAAGAAGGAAGAGAAAGCGCAGGCUGCAGCUGAACGGAUCAAGGCAGCGGCGCUGUCAGCUGCCAAGGGUCUUAGUCGGGCUCAAGCCGAGCGGGCUGCUGCAGCAGCAGCCCGAAAUGUGAAUGCCUAUGGGCAGAAGGAAGAAGGACCUAGCCGAUGGCAGGAAAGGAAGGAAGCAAAGCGCCAAAUGUAUCUGAUGAGCACAGAGAAAGCUGUCAAAUUGGGUGAAAGGAAGGAUAUCAAAUCUUCCGUUUCCUCUGCUGGUGUCACCUCCCAGUGCCAGAAGUGUUAUCAAGCUGGUCAUUGGACUUAUGAAUGCAAGAACGAACGAGUCUAUAUUUCCCGGCCGUCAAGAACUCAGCAGCUCAAGAACCCGAAGCUGAAGAUGACCCUCUCGGUGUCGUAUGAAUUGGACAACCCUGACAUUGGGAAGGAAGUAAGGGAUGAAGGGCGUGAUAAGAAAGAGAGUUGGGGAAAGAAUGGCACAAAGAGCAAAAGAAAACACCGAUCUGGUACUGAUUCGGAUGAGGACAGCAGUGAGGCCUCCGUGUUUGAAACAGAUAGUGAGUCUUCAGUGACUGGUUCUGAAGACUCAUCCGGUGAGUCUAGCUAUAGCUCCAGUUCAUCUGAUUCAGAGGAAAGGAGGAGGCGGAGAAAGAAGCAUAAGAAAAGGAGACAUAGAAGGGACAGUUCGUCUUCUGAUUCGUCUGAGACCGAAUCUGCUUCGGACAGUGACUCUGAUGAGAAAAUCAGCCGGAGGAAGAGCAGGCGACACAGCCGUAGGCGUUAGGCUGAUUUCAUAGGAAUGGUAAGUUAACUCUUUUUAUUAAUGUUUGUUGUGGUUGUUCUGUUACUUAUUCUGACCUUUAAUGGUGAUAAUGUAGUGUCCAAAUUAUGCUUGUUUUGUAUUACAGCAGUAUCGUCUGAGCAAAUGUUUAAUACUUUUCAUGUGUGGCUACAUAAUUAAAUAUAUGAAUUUCAUCUGCUUAUUUGCUUGUUAA